UAGCUACUUCAAUCGAUGAGCAUCGAUGACUUCACAAUCGAUUGCCGAGGCAUGUGUCUUGCACGUUUUUUGUAAACAAACGCAAAAGUAUUUGAACCAACUGAAAAUGGGAGCAUUGGCAGAGCUGGCUGGUGAUGAGAAGAACGGCGAAGGAUCUCGGACUUUUGUGUUCACCAACGAGGGCCACACGUUGGGAAAUGCAUUGAAAACGAUCAUAGCCCGCUACCCGGAGGUGGAUUUCUGUGGCUAUACCAUCCCGCAUCCCACAGAACAGAAGCUCCACUUUCGCAUCCAAUCCCAUCGAGACAGAGCCAUAGAUAUACUCAAACGGGGACUGGAGGACCUGGAGGGUCUGUGUGAUCAUACAAUCGUUACGUUCGAAAAGGAGAUGGCAGACUUUAAUGCCGUGAAAGUGGAUAAUACAUGACGGAUUAUAUAUAUAUAAAUAACACUACAGACUA